AUGAAGGUCCUUGUUACUGGUGCUAAUGGUUUCUAUGCCGGGGCGGUGAUGGACCGUCUGGUUCAACUGGGAAUUGACUUUCAUGGUACUGUCAGGAGUGGAAAAUCCGUUGCUCCGUUGAAACAACGUUACGGUGACUCUAUCACGAUAUUUAUUGUUCCCGAUAUUUGCAAUGAGUCUGCCUUCGUAGAAUCCAUCAAGGGUUGCGACGCUGUCCUUCAUAUCGCUUCUCCUUUCACCUCCAAAAUGAAUGACGCUAAAGACUUCUUGGAUCCAGCCAUCAAAGGUGCUUUGUCUGCGUUACAAUCAGCUGCAAAAACACCAUCCGUUAAACGAGUGGUUAUGACAUCUUCCGCAUCAGCCAUGAUUGAUCCGCAGAACGAGUUGGGCUUUUUCCGACCUGGAUAUACGUAUACGGAAAACGACUGGAAUCCAUUGACCUAUGAGACCGCUUCCAAAUCUUCAGCUUUCUCCGUUGUGUACACAGCAUCGAAGGCCUUAGCCGAAAGAGCGGCAUGGGACUUCAUGGAGAAGGAGCCUCGGUCUUUCGACCUCGUCUGUAUUAAUCCAGCCCAUACCUGGGGUGAAUACUCUCAAUAUGUGCCGUCGCCAGAGUCAAUGAACAAGACAAACUCUGACCUAUCAAAACUAAUAGAUGGGAAGCAAGAGGAUGUUCCUGCAGUGACUUUCCCCUGGAUGACAGAUAUUGGCUCGGUUGCAGAUGCCCACAUUGCUGCGCUGUUGCGUCCGGAGGCCAAUGGCCGCUAUAUAGUCGCUACUGAGUCAAUGGACUUUCAGCAGGUGGUUGAAACCAUGCACACACAUUUCCCUCAAGCAGAGUGGAUCAAGAAUGUGCCGAAAGGAAAGACCGGAGAGAGGAAAUUGAACUGUUUCAGGUUGGACAAUUCUAAGUCCCGGAGAGACUUAGGUCUGACCUUUCCACCUGUUGAGAAAGCAAUCAUUGAUUUUUGCAGAAAAUACCAGGAGGAUAGAAAGGCAUGGCUGUAA